AUGCAAAAAAGAACAAAAAACAAAAGAGGCAACACACAACAUUUGGCAAGAGCAAAGCAAACAGCAAUCACAUUUGUAAUAACAACACGACGCGUUCUAUACUUGACAAUGCAAAAUCUGCUGAUCAUCUUUAGUGCCAUCGUCAUCGUCAUCAUCAGCAACAUCCACAGCAGCAGCGGCAGCAUCAGCCGAGGCAGCGACAGCAACUCUUUGGACUGCCAGUUGGAGAAGCACAGUUGCCUCAUCGAUGUGCUGAGGCAACAGACGCAGGCGGGUCAACGUCAUCUGCCCGCCGAUCUCGACAUAACACUCUACUGCCCGCCAUCCACAGCCAUCUGGUACUAUGAGGAUCGCGCAGUGCGACGCGGCAGUUAUUGGCUGCUGGAGCGAGCACAAGCCGAGCGAUCGGGACGCUAUGCCUGUCAAUAUGAGCAGGUCAAGUGGGCUAAUCUGACGUUGCGAAUUGGCAACAGCAAUCGGCAAAGCGACACCGAUUUGGCCAGCUUUAAGGCCAUCGAAUUGAGUGUCAGUAAGCAAGCGCCAGAUGCAUUGGGAGUGCAGUUGAAAUGCAGCAUUGUCGAUGGCAACGAGUCGCUCGGUGGCAGCAUUCGCUGGUAUCACAAUGGAAAUCGCAUGCAAUUCGAGAAGCAAUCGCUGCACGUGUUGCAGCUGCAACCCAACGAUGCUGGCGACUGGCGUUGCAGCAUCAAUGACACCGACAGCAACACUAUACGCUUGGAGGCGCCGCAAUUGACGCCUGGUUAUCCGCAGAAUAUUAGUUUGCCGCAGGGUGAACAUUCGCGCUUCGAUUGCCGCUUGGAACCGGCUGAGUUGAAGUCAAAGAUCACUUGGCUGCGACCGCAUCAUCGGGGCAACAUUGAGGCGCUGUUGCAACGACUGCAGCUGGGAGACAUCCGCGAAGUGGAUAUCAUGCUCGGUAAUGCCAAAGAUUUGCUGGAGCUGGGCAGCGUGGAGCCUGCCGAUGGUGGCUGGUAUAUUUGUUUGGCCAGCAAUUCCUUCGGACGUUCUUUAGGAGCUGCCUACUUGGAUGUACUGCCACCGGCAGCAAUAACAACCACAGAGCGUAGCACAACUGUGGCCACAACCAAGUCCACAACGACGACGACAACAACAACAACUGCAGCGACUAUUACCGAUGAUGAUCGCGAUGAUAUUGAAAGCGGUAGCGUUCAAUUUGCGCCCGUCUUCAAAAAGGAAUUGAACUAUUUGCAGCACGGGGUGUCGGGCAAAACGAUCAUUUUGGCAUGUCCCAGUAAGGCGAAUCCCGCGGCCAACAUAACGUGGACAUUCAACAAAGAUCAGACCGGCUAUCGACCGUUAGAUCGACAAUUCGGCACCUUCAAGUAUCGACGUUGGAGUCUCAUUAUCGAGGACUCCAUUCAAACGGACACGGCGCUGUACAUGUGCAAAGUGUGCAACACGCUCGGCUGCAUUCACUUCGAGUACAAUGUGCGUGUGACGGACAUAAUACGCGCCUCGCCCAUCAUCCGAGUGCCCGAUAACAAGACGGCGCUGAUCAACACGCAGGUGAAACUCAAAUGCGAUGUCGUCUCGAAUCUGGCAGCGAAAACUAGCUGGUAUCGUGUGCGGUCAAAGAAUCGCACGGAUGGCAACAAUAAUCAAACGUUGUCGCUGCCCUUGCCCGAGCAAGAGCUCACAGUGAUCGACAUGGCAGCCAACUCGACGGAGGAGCAUCCGAUGCUGGUGCUCAGCAAUGUGACGCACGCGGAUGAGGGUUGGUACACCUGCAUGAGCUCCAAUAAUCUGGGUACCAGCAAUGCCAGUCUCUAUCUGCAUGUCGUCGAUCAUCUGCCUUUUCUACACGUUAGCGAAUUGCUGCGAUCGCAUCCCGUGGGCUUCACUGUGGCUGUGGUGAUGAUUGUCUCCACUUUGCUGCUUGGCAGCGCCUUCAUCAUGUACAUACUGCGGCGCUUGCGUCGUGAGAAACUGCUCAAGCAUCGCAUCGAAACGGUGCAUCAGUGGACCAAGAAGGUCAUCAUCUACAAGCCCGCCAGCCUCGAGGGCAGCUCGUGUGGCGGUGAUCUGCAAAUACCGGUCAUCAAGAUUGAAAAGCAGCGCACGACUUUCUCGAACACCACAACGGGAAGUUCGUCGGAUCCCGCACAGGCCUUCAAUGAGUACGAGUUCCCGCUGGACUCGAACUGGGAGAUACCCAGACAGCAGUUGGCGUUGGGCUCUAUAUUAGGCGAGGGCGCCUUUGGACGUGUCGUCAUGGCCGAGGCGGAUGGUUUGCCCCGAAGUCCGCCAUCUGCAGCGAAUGGAAUGGGAACAAUUGUCGCUGUGAAGAUGGUGAAGGAAGAGCACACGGAUGCGGAUAUGGCGAGUUUGGUGCGCGAAAUGGAGGUGAUGAAAAUGAUUGGCAAGCACAUAAAUAUCAUCAAUCUGCUCGGCUGCUGUAGCCAGAAUGGUCCGCUGUGGGUCAUCGUCGAGUAUGCGCCGCACGGCAAUCUCAAGGAUUUUCUCAAGCAAAAUCGCCCGGGCACAUUGCAGCGACGCAGCGACAGCGAUGGCUAUCUGGACGACAGAGCUAUGGUGCGACUGCCGCAGCUGGGCGAGAAGGAGCUCAUCAUGUUUGCCUUCCAGAUAGCACGCGGCAUGGAGUAUUUAGCUUCGCGACGGUGCAUUCAUCGAGAUUUGGCAGCACGUAAUGUGCUAGUUAGUGACAACUAUGUGAUGAAAAUAGCUGACUUUGGAUUGGCCAGAGAUAUACAGGAUACGGAUUACUAUCGCAAGAAUACAAAUGGACGAUUGCCCAUCAAAUGGAUGGCGCCGGAAUCGCUACAGGAAAAGUUCUACGACUCGCAGACCGAUGUCUGGAGCUACGGUGUGCUCUUAUGGGAGAUAAUGACCUAUGGGGAACAGCCUUAUCCGAAUAUAAUGUCAGCAGAGGAACUGUACAGUUAUCUAAUCACUGGACAGCGCAUGGAGAAGCCAGCAAUGUGCACACUGAACAUCUAUUUGGUGAUGCGACAGUGCUGGAACUUUGAGUCAUCAGUGAGGCCAACGUUCGCCGAGCUGGUCGAGAGUUUCGAUGGCAUACUGCAGCAGUAUAGCAGUAAUCCGAACGAUGCCUAUUUGGAUCUAUCGAUGCCAAUGUUGGAGACGCCGCCGUCCUCAGACGAUGAGGGCGAAGGCUCCGAAACAGAAACAUUCCGAGAGACUUCACCCCUUAGAUAUCAAUAUACCUAUAAGUUUAAUUAAUUAGCAUAAGUCUAUAUCUAUGUCUAUGGCUUUAACAAGACACUUUCAUCGAGCAUCGAAUCAAAACCCCAAAAUACUCAUUAAUAAACAUGUCAUUCGAAUACAUUCAUAACAGCAGGCAAGCAAUUUAAUCAAAUGUCUUUUACAUUCCACUCGACAGA